AUACUGUCAGGCUCUCAGAGAGAGGGGGAGCAGGGAGUGCUGUUCCGCAAGUGGGGACUUGACCGGACAGGAAUCGCGGGAGCUGCUGGAUCAGAGGAGACCCCCUGAAGCUGUGGCUGACAUCGCCAGACUCCAGACACUGUCGGAAUGGCCACUGAGCUGUUCAGCAAACAGCAGACCAUCCAGCUCCGCCACAAACACAUCGGGCCAUCAUGCAAGGUGUUCUAUUCAAAGGACCCGCUCAAGAUAAUCCGUGCCCAGGGCCAGUACAUGUAUGAUGAGAAUGACACACCGUUCUUGGACUGCAUUAACAAUGUAGCUCAUGUGGGACAUUGUCACCCGGACGUGGUGCAAGCUGCUGUCAAGCAGAUGGAACUGCUAAACACAAACUCUCGAUUCCUGCAUGAUAAUCUCGUCCAGUACGCUAAACAGCUCACUGCCACUCUUCCCCAACGACUUGCAGUUUGCUACUUUGUCAACUCAGGAUCCGAAGCUAAUGAUCUUGCUCUUCGAUUGGCUCGUCAGUAUACAGGUCACUAUGACAUCGUUACCCUUGACCAUGCUUAUCAUGGACAUGUAACGUCUUUGAUAGAUAUCAGCCCCUAUAAAUUUCAAGAGCUCCCUGCUGGAGGGCAGAAGGACUUUGUGCAUGUUGCACCUUCCCCAGAUACCUACAGAGGAAAGUACAGAGAAAACCAUCCUGAUCCAGCCUCAGCCUAUGCAGAUGAAGUAAACUCGUUGAUUCAAAAUGCACAAAAGAGAGGCCGCAAGAUGGCUGCGUUUAUUGCUGAAUCCAUGCAGAGUUGCGGAGGUCAAAUAAUCCCACCAGCUGGCUACUUCCAGAAAGUGGCAGAAUAUGUGCAUAAUGUGGGAGGAGUGUUCAUAGCCGAUGAAGUCCAAGUAGGCUUUGGCAGAGUCGGGAAACAUUUCUGGGCUUUCCAAUUGCAAGGAGAGGACUUUGUUCCAGACAUUGUCACCAUGGGCAAACCCAUUGGAAAUGGUCAUCCCAUGUCCUGUGUGGUUACAACCAAGGAAAUUGCAGAAGCAUUUGGAGCAUCUGGUCUUGAAUAUUUUAACACAUUUGGAGGUAACCCAGUCUCAUGCGCUAUUGGUCUGGCAGUCCUGAACAUCAUCGAGAAGGAGGAUCUCCAUGGGAAUGCAACCAGAGUAGGAAACUAUAUGAUGAACUUACUGAAAGAACAACAAGCCAAACAUCUGCUUAUUGGGGAUGUCAGAGGUGUUGGAUUUUUUAUUGGAGUUGACCUGGUGAAAGAUCGAAAGAAGAGAACACCAGCCAAGGCGGAAGCACAAUAUAUAAUCUACAGACUCAAGGAAGAAAAGAUAUUGCUGAGUGCUGAUGGGCCACAUCGAAACGUUCUGAAAUUUAAACCACCAAUGUGUUUUACUAUGGAGAAUGCCAAGUUUUUGGUAGAGAAUAUAGACAAAAUUCUCUCAGAUCUUGAGAAAGGAACCAGAGUGGGAGUUCCAAAUGAGCAGCUGAAGACAGUGGAAAAUGGCAGUCCAUUGACCCUCAGUGGCACCAAGAGAAAGGCUCCCCAUGCCAGUGUUCCUGAGUCGAAUAACAGCAGCAUAAGUGAACCCCACCAGCCUGAAGCUUCACAGAGCGAAGAAUCGCCAGAUGGAAAAAGUAGCCACUGCAGCAGAACUGCUUGUGGACAACAACAAAGUUCCUGUCGCAGUGGAACUGGUGUGAUGUCACACAAAAGGAUUAGGACAUGAACUGCAAGCUGUGGUAUUCUGGUCCUCUUUGCAUGUUAUCACAUCCUUGGCUGCACAUGAAAGGGUCUAUCGCACAUUGGCACAUGCGCCAUUUAGAUUCAGCCUCUCCAAGCUUUUAACAAAGUUUUUUGUUUUUAUUUUAAUAGGUUUGCACGUUGACUAUUAACUAUUGCUGGAAUCUCCUUUUCAGGUUUUCCCCAAUUCAGAACCAAUUAGGUAGGGUGACCUAGAUUUCCACUGAAGUUAAUAUGGUCAAUCAGGAGGGAAUUACAAU